AUGACUGAACGAUUAGACGUUAUAUCAGAUUCUUCAUCACAAAGAAAUGGAUCUCCAUCAACUUCAACAAUUAAGAAUGAACAUCAAGAACAUCAAGAACAUGAACAUCAAGAUAGAUAUGUUAAAUCUCCAUUACAAAAUGAAUUAACAAAUAUUGAUUCUUACCAGGCUAGUAUUCCUUCAUCAUCACAUCAUGAAGAUGUUUCAAGUGAUGAAGUUCAAAAAUUAAAUGAAAAAAAUAAUGAAGAAACUUUAAUUAAAUCUUUAUCAACUGAAUCUACUUCAUCAACUAUAGUUAAUGAUGAUGAUGAUAAUCAAAGUAUUUGGGAUUUGAAAAAAGCUAUUUUAUUAUGUAUCAUAACUUCAUUUUCCGGGUUUAUAUUUGGUUGGGAUGUUGGUACAAUUGGUGGUAUAACAAAUAUGGAAUCAUUUAAAAAUAAAUUUGGUAAUGUUGAAAACAAUGGUGUUAGAGAAUUUAGUUCAAUUAUUAUUGGAUUAAUUAUUUCAAUUUUUAAUAUUGGUUGUGCAAUUGGUGGAUUAUCAUUAUCUAAAAUUGGUGAUUCAUAUGGUAGGAAAAUUGGUUUAUUUUUUUCAAUUUUCAUUUAUAUUAUUGGAUUAAUUAUUUUAAUUACAAGUACCAAAAGUGGUUCAUGGUUACAAAUUUUCUUUGGAAGAAUUAUUACAGGUUUAGCUGUGGGAAGUACAAGUGUCUUGACACCAAUGUUUAUUAGUGAAAAUGCACCAUUGAAAAUUAGAGGUGCAAUGGUUGUUUUGUAUCAAUUGAUGAUUACAUUAGGUAUCUUGAUGGGUAAUAUUGUUAAUUUUAUUUGUAAACGUUCAUAUCAAGGUCAACUGAAUAAUGAUUCUGAAUGGAUGAUUCCAAUUGGUCUUUGUUUUGUUUGGAGUGCAUUUAUUGUUGUUGGGAUUAGUGCAAUGCCAGAAUCACCAAUUUAUUUAAUAAAUAUUAAAAAUGAUGUUGACCAGGCAAGAUUAAGUAUUGCAAAAUUAAAUAAUACACAUGUUGAUGAUCCAAAAGUUUCAAAACAAGUUGAAAGUAUUGUUUUGAAUCAUGAACGUACCAAAAGAGAAGUUGGUGAUGUUCAAUGGAAUGAAUUUUUAAUUGGUAAACCAAAAUUAUUAUUAAGAUUAGUUAUUGGUAUGGUUAUAAUGUUUUGUCAACAAUUUUCUGGUGCAAAUUAUUUUUUCUAUUAUGGUACAACUUUAUUUAAUAGUGUGGGUAUCGAGGAUUCAUAUAUUACAUCAAUAAUUUUGGGAGGUGUUAAUUUUAUUUCAACAUUUGGAGGGAUUUAUUUUGUUGAAAGAUUUGGUCGUAAGGCAUGUUUACUUGUUGGAUCUAUUGGUAUGGGAUUAUGUAUGGCUAUUUAUUCAUCAUUAGGUUCAUUUGUAUUAAAUUCAAAUGCUAAUGGUGAACCAAACUUCGCAGUAGGGAUUGUUAUGAUUUUAUUUACAUGUGUUUAUAUUUUUUUCUUUGCAACUACAUGGGGUCCAGUUUCAUUUGUUGUUGUAUCAGAAUUAUUCCCAGUUAGAGUUCGUAAUACAUCAAUGAGUAUUUCAACAAGUAUUAAUUGGAUAUCAAAUUUUUUAAUUUCAUUAUUUACACCAUAUGUUGUUGUUAAAAUUGGAUUUAAAUUAGGUUAUGUAUUUGUUGUUUCAUUAAUUUUUAGUGGGAUUUUUGUAUUAUGGAUGGUUCCUGAGACUAAAGGAUUAAAUAUUGAAGAUUUUGAUGAAUUGUAUCAAAAUGGUUCAAGAAGAAGAACUAAAGAGGGAAUUCAACAAGAACAAGAAGAAUCAACAUCAAAUGUUUAG